AUGCAAAUUGACACUGCGACCACGUGCCAUGUCUGUGAAGCAGAGCAACAUGAAGAGAGUUGUAGUUGCAAAUUUUUUAAGGCCAUAGACGUGGUCAAUGACCGACAUUGCAAAGGUAAAUCAAAGAACAUUUAUGAACUCAACUUCUUUGACGCCUCAUCAGAAUACGUGUCUCUUGCUCCGUCUGUCAAUAAACGCAAGGUUGCCCCCAAAAAGAUGUUUGAAAUUGAUGGCAAGAUUUAUAUCUAA